AUCAUAAGGAAGCAUUUACAGAAUUGCGACACGUGUAGUCAGAAGAUUGGUCCUGAUGAGAAACGCCUGAACUACCAGGAUUAUCACUGGCACGCCAAGCCGGAAUGCUUUCAUUGCCGUCAAUGCAAAAUGGAUUUAAUCGGGAAGAAAUUCAUUUUCAAAGAUCAUCAUCUGUUCUGCUCGUCUCAAUGUAAAGCAGAUUUUGCGCAUAAGUUGUAG